AUGAGGUGUAAGAAGCAUUACACCGAUCUCAGUAGUAUCGUCGGUGUGUGCGCUUCUUGUCUCCGGGAACAUCUCUUGUCUCUCAUCGCUGCACAAGAACAAGCCCAAUCCCAGGCCCAGGCUCAUGCUCAGGCUCAGAAUCUAGAUCAAAAACACCGGAAUUUGGAGAAGAAUCUGGUGUUUCCUCGUUCUGUUUCUCCGUACAUCAACUACCGGAAAUCCGAUCAUUCGGCCGGGGCGGCCGCAUGGUCCCAUAACAAUCGUCGCAAGGAUCAUCACCCUCAUCCUCCUACUGCUCCACGUCAUCAUCAUAGCCUCUCGGAUCAGUUAUUUUACAGGACGCCUCAGGUAGGACCUAGACCUACUACCGGGUGUCACAACACCGGCGGUCAUUCGCAUCACAAGCGGAGUUUUAUGCGGUGGCUUUCGUUUCCGAAAAUUUUCAGAUCUAGGAAUCGGAACUCGGUGGAUACGGUUUCGGUUCCCGGAGCAUCGGAUUCAACUUUCAGGGAACAGCGCGGUGGUGGUAAUGCCACGUCGUCACCUUCCUGGUUCUCGAACAUUAUACACGGUGGUCGAUACCGGAAGAAGCGGCCGGUUUAUGUCGAUGAAUCUUCUGUACCUACCGCAGGCGGUGUAGUCCGGAGGCUACACUGUCCAGAUCGUGGAAUGUCACCGGUGAGAAACUCAGAUGGUACUGUCGGAGAUGAAGAUGAAUUAUACGAUGCAACAAGCGGAUACGAGUCGACGGAGUCAAUGAAACAAACGCCGCGGAGGACACCGGCUCAUCUACCCGUCCGGCGCGGCGGUGGUGGGGGGCACGCCAGGACCUUAUCCGGCUUAACAUUCUGUUUGAGCCCCAUGGUUCGUGCAAGUCCUAACCGGCAAUGGAACCAGAAAAGCAUGCCGGUGGACGGCGGGUUAUCAGGCGAAAUCAGAGCUCCGGUGAAGCCACAUCUAUCCAACACCAAGUCCUUCUGUGCCAACAGAUCCCGGAAACUCGCCGAUUUCGGGAGGCCCAAUCCAAACCGUUGA